AUGGAGGAUGAUGCGCCCGUGAUUUAUGGGCUGGAGUUCCAGGCACGGGCUUUAACGCCUCAGACAGCAGAAACGGAUGCAAUAAGAUUUUUGGUUGGAACACAGUCUCUCAGAUAUGAUAAUCAGAUUCACAUCAUAGACUUUGAUGAUGAAAAUAACAUUAUAAACAAAAAUGUUCUCCUUCAUCAAGUGGGUGAAAUUUGGCACAUUAGUACCAGUCCUGCAGAUAAAGGCGUUCUAGCAACCUGCUACAAUAAAACUUCAGACAGUAAAGUCAUGACAUGUGCUGCUGUUUGGAGGAUGCCGAAGGAAUUGGAAUCAGGCAGUCAUGAAUCCCCUGAUGAUUCAUCAAGCAACGCUCAAACCCUGGAGCUACUCUGUCACCUUGACAACACAGCCCAUGGCAAUAUGGCCUGUGUUAUGUGGGAACCAAUGGGAGAUGGAAAAAAGAUUAUUUCGCUGGCUGAUAAUAACAUAUUAUUGUGGGAUUUGCAGGAAAGUUCAGACAACGCUGUGCUCUCUAGUUCUACAGCCUUGGAAGGGAAAGGACAAUUAAAAUUUACUUCUGGAAGAUGGAGUCCACACCACAAUUGUACCCAGAUUGCAACAGCCAAUGAUACCACCGUUCGAGGAUGGGAUACACGAAGCAUGAGACAGAUAUAUUGCAUAGAAAAUGCACACGGACAGCUGGUACGAGACCUAGACUUUAAUCCCAAUAAACAGUACUACCUGGCUAGCUGUGGAGAUGACUGCAAGGUGAAAUUCUGGGACACAAGAAAUGUCACGGAGCCAGUGAAGACACUAGAGGAGCAUUCCCACUGGGUCUGGAAUGUCAGAUACAAUCAUUCUCAUGAUCAGCUGAUCCUCACAGGAAGCAGUGAUAGCAGAGUUAUUCUGUCUAAUAUGGUAUCCAUUUCUUCUGAACCUUUUGGACAUAUGGUAGAUGAUGAUGAACUAAGUGACCAAGAGGACCAGCAUCAAGAAGAGAAGAUUAAAGAGCCCCUUCAGGACAGUGUAAUAGCAACUUACGAAGAACAUGAAGACAGUGUUUAUGCAGUUGAAUGGUCCUCAGCAGACCCGUGGCUUUUUGCCUCUUUAAGUUAUGAUGGAAGACUUGUUAUUAACAGGGUCCCCAGAGCUCUUAAAUAUCACAUACUGUUAUAA